CAGACCGAGCUCAGAUACCAAACGCUGCCCAGCUCUGGGUUCCCCCCUCUCUUCUAAGCCAGCUGGUCUGGCUUAACUUCCUUUCUUUAAUUCACUUUUUAGUUUUUUUUUUUUUGUUUUUUUUUUUGCUUCAUUUUAUAUAAAUAAAAACCAACAAAAAAACGUCCCGUCUUGUUUGAUACAAGGGAUUCGAGGAACAGACCCACAGCUGGAGCUGCUGGGGGAGACUUCCAGGUGAAGACUGAAGACGCAGCACUGGUGUUCCAGGUGUGGACACGGAUGGACUGAACCGCUGGACGGAGACACGCAGCAGGAGGAGCAGCAGGAGCAGCAGGAGGAGCAGGAGGAGCAGCGAGGGGAAGUCACGAGCAGAGGGAGGACAUGCGGGACUGAGCGGGUGGAGGAGCCAACGAACAGUUUGUGGGACUGAAAAGUGAAAAGGUUUGAGGGCCUGGACGACGUGAACUGACGGAGCCAGAAGAGACGAAGCUUUAGGAAAAAAAGAAGAGGAAAAGGAAAGCGACGGGGAAAAGGAAGCGAAGAUGGGGAGAAAAAAGAUUCAGAUAGCGCGGAUCAUGGAUGAACGCAACAGACAUGUGACGUUCACCAAGCGUAAGUUCGGUCUGAUGAAGAAGGCGUACGAGCUGAGCGUGUUGUGCGACUGUGAGAUCGCACUCAUCAUCUUCAACAGCACCAACAAGCUGUUCCAGUACGCCAGCACCGACAUGGACAAGGUCCUGCUCAAGUACACAGAAUACAACGAGCCCCACGAGAGCAGGACCAACUCGGACAUCGUGGACACGCUGCGUAAGAAAGGUUUAAACGGCUGCGACAGCCCCGACAUCGAGGCCGACGACUCUGCUGGUCAGAGCCCCGAGUCUGACGACAAAUACCGGAAGAUCAACGAGGACAUCGACCUGAUGAUCAACAGACAGAGGCUCUGUCAGGGUCUGCCCCCCUCCAGCUACGACAUGGGGGUGUCCAUCCCAGGCGGCAGCCCCAGUGGACUCCUCUACUCCCACCAGGGCCUGGGGGGCGGCCUGGGGAACCACAACCUCAUGCCCAUGUCACACUCCUCCAUGCAGAGGAGCAGCAUGUCCCCUCAGAGGCCCCCCAGCACCGGGAGCACAGGACUGAUGUCUUCAGAUCUGUCCAGCACAGUGGUCUCUAGUGUCGGAAACGGGAGCUACAGCAGCCACUGCACCUCCCCGGGGCUGAUGUCUCCUGGAGGAGUCUCCAAGAACAUGCAGGACAAGAGCCCCCCCACCAUGAGCAUGAGCCGCAAACCCGACCUCCGCACCCUGAUGCCCCCCAGCAACAAGUGCAGCACCAUGGCAACCGUGAACCAGAGGAUCAAUCACUCUCAGUCGGCUCAGACUCUGUCCACCCCGGCCUCCUCCCUCUCCGCCGCCUCCCUUCCGGCUCAGGGUAUGGCCGGGUAUCCGUCCACGCUCUCCUCCUCCUCCUCCUCCUCCUAUGGCACAGAGUUCUCCCUGGGCAGCGACCUGUCCUCCCUGUCCGGCUUCGGAGGUUCUGGUCUGGGGUCGGUGACGAACUGGCAGCAGCAGCAGAUACAGAACCUCCAGAGCCUCGGACACAUGGGGAACUUAUGCCAGACAUCGAACCUAAACCUCGCCCCCUCCGGUCACCAGAGCCUCCACAUCAAGUCCGAGCCGGCCUCCCCUCCCAGAGACCGGAGCAUGGGUAUGAUGGGGAUGGGCGGCGUGACCACGGCCGGAUACUCCACCGGCGUCCGGGGGCUCCACGAGGCGGGCCACUCCCCUGGGGACAGCGCGUCCAGCUGCGGCAGCUCGUACGACGGCAGCGAGGAGCGAGAGGAUCAGCACGGACACGACGGCUUCCUCCUCCGACCUCUGCCCGGCCAGGACGAGCGCCACAGCCCGUCGGUGAAACGCAUGAGGCUAUCGGAAGGUUGGGCGACAUGAUGGGGGUCGCUCUGCAGCCGGAGGGCGACGGGGGCGUUGGCAAAGUUACCUUAUAGUGUUAUUAUUAUUAUUAUUAUUAUUAUUAUUAUUAUCUUCUUCUUGUACUGAGUGGGUGUGCUUUAUGUGUAAUGGUAACAUGUACCUGAAGGGGGCGCAGGUUCUGCUGUAUUUGCAACAUGUACUGUAGUUCACACUAGAGGAAAGACUCCCAGAUCCAAAGAAAGCUUGUAAGAAAUGAACUCUGAAGAUGAGAAGAGUCGGUUAAGAUAGUCAUGUGAUGGGGAAAAGAAAAUACCUCUGCAUCCACUGGACAGUCCUCCAACCAAUCACUGUCCUUCUUUUUACAAAAUACUCUAAACAUCUCACAUUAAAAACAGUUAAAAUCAAAAGUAACCAACAACUCCUGUUAGCUAGGAAGCUAGCAGGAACACACAGCUAGCCUUGACUAAAACAAUUUUCAUUUCCCAUCGGCUGUUGCCUUAAAUUAGCCUAGCAUAGCAUAGCUCUUAUCAGAAUGUUAUACCUCUGCAUCCGCUGGACAGUCCUCCAGCCAAUCCCAGACAUUUUGUUGUGAACUAAUUCACCUCCACAUCCUCAGUUCUUCUUCUUCUACUCUUUAAUUUCCAGCAGAGCAGACUCCAGGAGGCUCAUUACUGCCCUCUACUGGUCUCUUCCUAUACACCAGUGUCACAUGGGAAUACACAUGCUUAGUUUAUGAAUACUGUUCUACUCUUCUGUCAAUCACCACAUUAAGCCCCGCCCCCAAGCGAUCUGAUUGGCUCAGCAGAUCUUUUCAGGAGCAGAUAGAGUUCCCAAAACAACGUUGUGCAUGUUAUAGAAUCCAUAAGAAUACUGAUUUAUCCUCCACACGAAACUCCCCAGAAAAAGGGAAACAGCUAGCCUAGCCUAGCCUAGCCUAGCCUAGCCUAGCCCUGCUCAAACAUAACAAAAUCCACCUCCCUGCACUUCUAACGCUCUCAUGUUUAGUUUAGUUUGUCUCACAUAGUCGACACUUCUUACAGGAGAUGAAGAACAGCUGCAAACUGUGACCGUGGAGAAGAAAAAAAUAGCUUUCAGGUAUUAAUUCAUUAAUUAAGUGACUGACGACGCUGUGAUUUCACGGUUUCAUAACAUUUAUAAUAAGGACAACUUCCACCUUCAGAUCAUUUCUCACACAUUUUCUAAGAUCCGGUCCAGGAAGUCGUUCUAGAUCCACAUGUACUGAAGCAGCUGGAGGGUUCGAUAGUGUACAUGUGUUUUAUGUGUGUGUGUGUGUGUGUGUGUGUGUGUUCAGGGAGGGGGUGGGGGGGUUAAUGACUAAAUAACACAUAUGUACAUGUAUGCAAACUAACACAAAGGUGACAGUGAAGAAGACCGAGUGCGAAGUCGCUUGGAUCGACUGAGCGCGCUCGGUCCGCCGCGUUGCAGGUUCAACACAAGAAAAAAAAAACAAACAAAAAAACGCACAUUUUAAAAGAUGGGGCGGUGAAAAAGAAACGAGGAGACGGAGGGAGUUUGAGUACGUGAAGUAAAAGAGAAAGAGAUGAAAGCAUAUGACUGAGGAGCUGUUAGAAAGAGAAAGAAAGAAAGAAAGAAAGAAAGAAAGAAAGAAAGACGGGAAAGUUCAUUUGCAACCGGUUGCAGAGAAAAGAGGCAAAUUUCACUUGAUGUGACGACGCCAGAGAAAGAGACAGUUGAGGAAUAAUUAUCAGAGCUGCACCAGUGAAAUCCAGACACAGAAGUAUGGAAGCAAAGAGAGUAGCUCAACAUAAAAACUAACAAACAAAGUAGAAUUUCAGUCAUUUAAAUUUAUAAUUUCCAGAUCUUAUCCGUGUGUUGCUGAGCUCAGGCUGCAGAACAUUACAGAUGAUUUAUUCAUCAGGAAAGAGCUGCACGAUUAUAUCAUCAGAGAAACUACAGGAGUCCACGAAGACUUUAGGAUCUGAGCUCAGUUAGAGACUAAAAUCCCUGCGAACGUGAUUCAAUUUUAAAUUUGCAAACUUUGAAAUGACAAAAAUAAAGAUGCUUGAUUUGCUUCCAUAUGAGACGGUGUGUGGCGUUAAGAUUCAGGCGUCAGGGAGAAGGAGCGUUGAGCCCAGAGCUUUGCAGAAGUCACAGUGAGGAUGUAAAAGCCAUAAGGAGCAGGACGAGAUGCUUCGCUGCACAAACUUUAUCCUGUUGUGUUUUUGAAAACUUUUAGUCCUUUUCUUUCUUUCGUGUUGUAUUAAAUCGAUAUUUUUUGGAUGUCUGUGGUUCUGCUCCAUAAAAAAAAAAAAAAAGUUUGUUUUUUUUUUAAAUUCAGGGAGUAAAGUAAAAUAAAUCCACGUUAAAGUCAUGAGGCUGAUCCACCGGGGUCCGACCCAACGUGAGCCCAAUUACUGCUGAUGCAAAAACAUAAAAAUGAUAAAAUACUAUUAUUACUCUAUUAACAGAUCAUGUUUCCCAACCUGAGGGUCAGGGCCCUCUAACAGGUCACCAGAUCAACCUGAGAGGCCAAAUUUGAUUAUUCUGCUUUUUGAAUCACAUUUUCCUUGUAAAUUCUGAAAAGUAUUAAUAUUUAAACACAUGUAUUCAUGUUUUUAAAACUCUAAAGGUGAAUGAUUUGUGCCUUGUGUGUGAGCUGGGUCGGACCCCGGCCGGCCGACGCUCUGCAGACUGACAUCCAGGUUUCUUUUAUCUUUUUUUUUUUAUUAUUAUUAUUAUUUCUGAGGAGACAGACGUGGCUGGAGGUUGUUCACAUUUGAAUAUUUUGGUUAUAAAACUGUAUAUUUGGAACUCGAAACCUUCGGCCGCCGUCUGCAGCUAAAACCCACUGAUCAAGGUCCCUGUAGCUGUCCUGGUGUGAACAACGCUGCUUUCUGUUUAGUGAUUUAUUAUUAUUAUUAUUAUUAUUUUUUAAAUAAGGGCAGAGCCCAGACGAGUUUUCUUCCGCUCUCCUUUUAUAAAAGCCGAGUGAAGGACGCAGGAGCCAGGAGCUCGUCCUCAGUCCCAUCUGUCCCCCUCAUGAAAAUAUUUAAUUUAAUUUGGUGACAUGGGUGAAUGUUCUCCACGCUGUAAAUGUACACUCCCUCCCUCUUUACAUGCACUAAAGCUUGGAAUAACCGCCAGUUAGUUAUUCUUUGUUAGCGGCAUAAGCUGGCCUUUGUCGCCACCUGGAGGCAAAUAAAGAUAAAUCAUGUGCAGUCCCUCACUCAGAGAUGUGGUAGUAUUUGUAUUUUGCAGAAAAAAAAAAUAUAUAUACAAGCUCUGUUAUGAAA